AUGCUAGUGCCGGAUUCUACUACGAGUGCUGAUAUAGACAUUUAUGAAGGGGUCGGCUCUAACUAUAUUCCACAUGGGAUGCCGCCAGGCGAUUCUAGCACUCGUAUAUCAGAUGCCAACAUGCAUACGGAGCUGCGCGACCGAGACCGGGACCGAGAUCGAGAUAAGGAGCGUGAAAGAGACAGAGAGCGAGAUCGUGAACGGGAUCGCGACCGUGAUCGGGAUCGUGGAAGAGACCGUGAUAGGGAGCUUGACCGCGAACGUGAACGAGAUCGUGAGCGGGACCGCGACCGUGAGCGUGCUAAGGAGCGUGAUCAAGAGAAGGACCGGCUUCCUACAAAGUCUUACUUUGAGCAGCCAGUAGAUUCAGAAGCAUUAGUUGGAGAAAACCAAUCUAUGAGCAGGCCCACCAUCGCUGGCAAGACAAUAUCAUCGAUAAACGCUACUGAUAAAUUUUUCUCAGAAAUAGACCAACAUUUCGGUGAUUCUAAAGAGACCGUCGGUCUUGUGGCUGCCUCAGCUACUGGAGAAAGUAUAAAGGAGAAG